AACAAAAAUGAUUUUUAGAUUAGGUGACAAAAAUGUUUUUUUUAAAAUUCUAACCCGCCAAACGGCCCUUAGUAUAUAUAUCCUUCACUGCGAGUCUGCGACAAGAGAGAGAACGAACCUUGGAUUGGACGCUCUGUUCUCGGUUUCCAUUCACCGGUGAGUGUUCUUCCGGUGACUGCAGGGGCGCAAGUUAGCGCAACCUUUCGUUCUCUGCUCAAAGGCUCUCCUAUGAAAUUUCACAUCUUGAGCAAGCAAGUGAUCAGGGACUCUACCACCUUGGCGCACGUUAUUCAAACUUGCGCGCAAACGAAUCAGCUAAACAAAGGCAAACAGAUCCACGCUCAGCUAAUCUGCGCCGGCCACACACUAUGCACCACCUUCCUCACCAAUCACCUCCUCACAAUGUACAUCAAGUGUGGCCAACUAGACGACGCCCUCAAACUGUUCGACACAAUGCCCCACAGAAAUCUGGUUUCUUGGACUGCAAUGAUUUCUGGGUUGUCACAGAAUUCGGAAUUCUCAGAAGCUGUAAAAACCUUUUCUCAGAUGCGAAUGGCAGGUGAAACCCCGAACCAGUUCGCAUUCUCGAGCGUUAUUCGAGCUUCGGUGUCUCUUGGGUCAAUUGAGUUGGGGAAGCAAAUGCAUUGUCUUGCUUUGAAAUGUGGGCUGUGUGAUGAGUUAUAUGUGGGUAGUAAUUUAGCUGACAUGUAUUCCAAGUGUGGGGUGAUGGGUGAUGCGUGUAAGGUCUUUGAGGAGAUGCCAUGUAAGGAUGAGGUGUCGUGGACUGCUAUGAUUGAUGGGUAUGCAAAAAAUGGUGACUGUGAAGAAGCUUUGUUAGCUUAUAAGAAGAUGGUUUGUGAAGCUGCUGUAGCUAUUGACCAGCAUGUGCUUUGUAGUACUUUGAGUGCCUGUGUGGCCUUGAAGGCCUAUAGUUUUGCAAAGUCCAUUCAUUCAAGUGUUGUGAGGUUAGGAUUUGAAUCGGCUAUUGCGGUUGGCAAUGCGCUUAUGGAUAUGUACUCGAAAGCUGGAUGUAUGGGAAGUGCUUUAAAUGUAUUCAGAUCUGAUUCAGAAUGUAGGAAUGUAGUGUCGUAUACUUCACUGAUCAAUGGGUAUGUCGAGGCAAAUCAAAUUGAGAUGGCUUUGAGUAUUUUUGUCGAGUUGCGGAGGCGGGGGAUUGAGCCUAAUGAGUUCACUUUCUCUAGUUUGAUAAAGGCCUGUGCUGACGAAGCUGCACUUGAACAAGGACAUCAACUUCAUGCACAAAUAAUUAAAUUUAACUUUGAGCUAGACCCUUUUGUUUCUUCAGUUCUAGUUUAUAUGUAUGGGCAAAGUGGGUUGCUUGAUCACUCAAUCCAAGUGUUUAAGGAGACUGAAAACCCAACGGAUAUCGCGUGGAAUUCCUUGUUGAGUGUGUUUGCUCAUCAUGGUUUAGGGAAAGAUGCAAUAAAAAUUGUUGAAAGGAUGAUCCUUUGUGGAGUGAAACUGAAUGAAAUAACGUUUGUGAGUCUUUUGAAUGGGUGUAGCCAUGCAGGAUUGGUAGAGGAAGGUUUAAAUUAUUUUUAUUCCAUGGAAAAUACUUAUGGUGUGACACCUAGAUCAGAACAUUACUCGUGUGUUAUUGAUUUGCUUGCCCGAGCUGGAAGGCUUAAAGAUGCCGAACAAAUUAUAUGUAGCAUGCCUUUUGAGCCAAAUGCUUCCGCGUGGUGUUCUUUUCUUGGGGCUUGCAGGAUACAUGGUGAUAAGGAAAGGGGUAAGCUUGCAGCAGAACAACUGAUGAGGCUUGAACCUGAGAACAGUGGGGUUCAUGUUUUGCUUUCGAAUAUUUAUGCAAAGGAACGACAAUGGGAUGAUGUAAGGAGUAUCAGAAAGAUGAUGAAAGAUGGAAAUGUGCAGAAACUGCCUGGUUAUAGUUGGGUUGAUGUAAGUAACAAAACCCAUGUUUUCGGCGCUGAAGAUUGGUCUCAUCCUCGACAGAGAGAAAUUUAUGAGAAGCUUGAUAGUCUUUUGGAUCAGAUAAAGGAAGCUGGAUAUGUUCCCUUCACAGAUUCUAUUCCACUUGAUAUGGAUGAUAGUGUGAAGGAGAAACUUCUUCAGCGUCAUAGUGAGAGGAUAGCUAUUGCAUUUGCGCUAAUAAGCAUGCCAAGUGGGAAACCAAUCAUAGUGAAGAAAAAUAUAAGGGUGUGCGUGGAUUGCCAUUCUGCAAUUAAGUUUAUCUCCAAAGUUGUUGGGAGAAAGAUUAUUGUCAGGGAUAGUAGUAGAUUUCACCAUUUCACAGAUGGGUCGUGUUCUUGUGGAGAUUACUGGUAAAAUAAAAUCCGAUGACUGUCAAGAAGAAAAACGGGGCACUAGAACUUGCUAUAAUGGAGAUUAUAAACCGAUCAGUUUAGCAAUCGAACAUUCCAAUUGUGUAUUAAUUUAUGAUUCCUCGUGAGGGACAUUUCAAAGACGUGCUGUUAACCAUAUUGUGCCCAAUUUACCAACUGAUUUGCCACAAAAGAAGCACAAACAAUUCCAGUGAAGCCUCUUUUCUUUGCAUCGUAUGAAGCAGCAGUAUAUAGGAGAUUCUCCUUACAUUUAUACUCACAGCUGUCACAGCCUAUACUAUGCCUUGUUUCAAGUUGCCAAAGAAUUUGUGUAAUAUUUUGAGACAACACAUUGCCAAUUUUUGGUAGGGUAGUGCUGAAGGUAGUAAGAAAAUUCACUGGACAGAUUGGGAUAAAAUGGUGGUUCCAAAGAGAAGUGUGGGGCUUGGUUUUAGAGACGUGGAGGCUUUCAACUUUGCUCUCCUUGCCAAGCUAGGGUGGAGACUACAGAUAACUAAAAAUGGGCUUUUUUAUGAGCUUUUCAAGAUCAAAUACUUUCCAUUCUCUGAUUUUCUUGUGUGAAAAAUGGUCAUAACCCUUCUUGGGCAUGGAGCAGCAUCUUAGCUGCUAGUUUUGUUGUGGCCAAGGCUUCACACGAAGUCUUCACUGACAUAAUCCCUCCAAGUGCGGGGUUAUUCACUGGUCUUCAAUUGAAAGAUGAUAAGCAAAUACGGGGUUAUGCAUCUAGUGGUAUAUUCUCUGUAAAGUCGGCUUACUCUGUUGCUUUGAAGCUGAAACAAGAAGGUUAAGGAACAACUCUUGUGUAGCGGGAAGCAGCAAUGUUGGGGCUAGAGAAAAAUAUUGGAGUAGGUUGUGUAAUCUUCCAAUAAAGCCCAAAAUUCAACGCUUCUUAUGGAGAUGUAUGCAUGAUAAGGUGGCGGUUUUGGACGUCUUGGUUAGAAGGGGCAUUACAGAAUCUAGCUAAGGUUUGUGGGAAACUUUAAAGCAUAUGCUAUGUGAUUGUCGAAGAGCAGCUCAUGUUUGGAAAUCCUCUCCCUUGAGAAACAAUGUCUCAGUAAUUCAAGGUAGCUCUUGGAGUGCGUGGUGGUUGAACUUGGUGGAAGGUUGGGAAAAUGCAAAUCAAAGACAUUCUGGGAAGGUUUGGUUGCUAACUUAUGUUGGUAUGUGAAGCCAGAAACGCUGUUGUGUUUGGGGGAGAUGUUUGGUCUGAGGGAAGAUCAUUUCCAUUGCAGAGGCUCACUUCCUUCAGUAUUUGAACUCUGCCGAUACUUUUAAAUCUGACCCAGUUAAUUCAACGAGCUUGGUGACCUCUUUAACUCUAUUGAAUGAACAUCUUAAUAGAGAAAACCUGAUUUUGGUUACCUGAAAGCCAAUGUUGAUGCUGCAGUAAGUAUCCAGUGUGCGUGUGGCGUUGGUGGUCUUGUGGUUCGCGAUCACAGAGGAUGGAUCAUAGUUGCUGCUUCUUUUGUUUUCAGGCAUACUAAGGAUGCUUCCUUAGCAGAAGUUCUUAUCUCAGAAGUUCUAUGAUGGCUGUUCGUGACGGGCUACCAGUUGGUUCAUUUUGCUGUGGAUGUUAUUAGCAAAAACCAGCAAUGUCCUUUGUUUUGAGAGACGUCUGUAGAAGAUGUUUCGGACUUGAUGGAGCUGUGUGAGGGCUGGGAUCUCAGUCAUAUUUAUAGAGAAGCCAAUGGGGAUGCCCAUUCUAUGGGCAAGUAUUCUUUGAACUUACAAGUGUGCUUCUUUUUUUGACUGCUUUCCUCCAGUUCUUGUGGAUGUAGAGAAAAACAAUGUUUCUUUACUUUAAUA